GUCCCAAGUUUUUGUGCCAACACUGACUGUUGCUGUGUUUGGAACUGUUCAUAUUUCGCUCGACCCUGGCCCAGUCUGUCGUCACCACUGAAGAAAAACAGCCCCAAAGCGUGACGCUGCCGGUAUGAUGUUCUUCAGGCUGUUUUCCAUCCACCCAUUUUCUGAGCCACUUAUCCUCACAAGGGUCGUAGGAGGGCCAAUCCCAGCUGUCGUCGGACAAGUGGCGGAGUAUGCCCUGAACUGGUCGCCAGCCAGUCACUGGGCAUAUGGAGACAGCCGACAGUCGCACUCACAAUCACACCUAAUUUAGACCACAGGUGUCAAACGCAACUCCCAGGGGCCAGAUCCGGCCCUCCACAUGAUUUUAUGUGGCCCGCAAAGCCAAAUUUAGAGUUAUGUCGUGUCAUUAUCAAAGCCACUUAUCCUCACAAGGGUUGGAGGAAAGCUGGAGCCUAUCAUAUCAAAGGCUACACCCUGAACUGGUCACCAGUCAGUCGCAGGGCAGAUAUCAACACUAUAACUGAACGGGAAUUGAUCCCACACAGCACGCACCAAAGGCAGGCGUAUGUACCACUGCACCAUUGGCGACUCCCAAAGUUAGAGUGUCAAUUUCAAUUAUUCUUGUCAAAAUUUGUACAAAAAUUGCCAUGCAUCAUGAAUGAUAAAGUUGAGAUAUUACUAGCAUGACCAAACAUGAAUAAUUGAAAAACACAGUGCCCUUGAUUUCUGAUUUCCAAAAGUAGAUCAAAAAUUGUUGAUAUAACAACAAUAAGAUGAAUAUUUGUAUUUUUUCAUAAAAGCCCCCUGAGGGAAACUGGAACCACAAUGUGGCCCGUGAGAAAAAUGAGUUUGACACCCCUGAUUUACAGUGUCUGAUGAAUAUUGCCUGUUGUGGGGAUGUGGGUGGAAACCGGAGUGCCCGGAGAAAACCCACCCAGGCACGGGGAGAACAUGCAAACUCCACUCAGGAGGGGGUCUGAGAUUUGAACCGCAGUCCUCAAAACUGUGAGGCCACCUCCCUAACCAGUUGUCCACCGUGCCACCUCACCCUGUUUUGAUGACUAUUUUUCUCCCGUCUUUUUCUGAGUAUUUUUUUUUCCCAUAUGUUUGAGUACCCACCCCCGACCCCACAUUUUAUAAGUUAUUGGGACGCACCGAACUCAAGCGAGCACCUGGAAACGACAAGUAACUCUUUACAAACUCACAAAUGGCUGAUUAUUGCUAGCACACCUUCAACAUGCCAAUCCAUUUUUUCCAUCAGUCUCCUGAUCAUCUUGUGUCCUCGCAUAGGCAGCCUGAAAGCAUUUUCAAUGCAUCAUCUCGUGUCCGUGGAGCAUGCCAUAUCUGCCCAAUGGAUUGUGGACAAACAUUGCUGUAUCGAGCAGACCUGAAUGGGGUUCCCUCCUGAGCAAACGCAAAGUUCGCAGAUGGUGGGACGUGCUAAGGAGGAAAUGGUGCCUGUCAGUUGCACCAGGGGUGAAUGGCCAUCCAGACGAUUCCCAUCCAGGAUGACACGUCGGAUCUGAACGCGCUUCCCUCCUCUGAGUGUGGCGAGCGAUACUAGGCUGUGGCUCAAUGGACUCCUUGUUUUUUCCGGCGAGUCUAUAACACAUUGGCCUCCAAACAAGACAUGAAGUGCACGUUACUAAUGCACUUCUGUGCUAUUUCCUUUGAGGUAUAUAUCACAGAUAUCACCACUUAUAUAAAUAAAUGGCCGAGGAAAUGUCUGAAGAGUACAAAUACAGCAUGACAGAAACAUUUGUACUGGCCGGAUCGAAUGGCCACAACGGGCAACUGUGGCACACAACAACCACCAACUCGGCAGCAGGAGGUCACGCCUCCGGUGCCAACCGCGUAUCCAGGAUGGCGCGCGUGGCCUCCGACGUCAAGCACACGUGCGCCGCCUAUGUUCUGGCGCUCAGGCCGUGGAGCUUCAGUGCCUCGCUCACGCCGGUCGCCCUUGGGAGUGCCUUGGCCUACAAGCUGGAGGGUUCAGUGGACUUGGUUGUCCUCCUGGUGUGUGCGGUAGCUGUGCUGGUAGUACACGGAGCUGGCAACCUGGUCAAUACUUACUACGACUUCUCAAAAGGCAUCGACCACAAAAAGAGCGACGAUAGGACUCUGGUGGACGAGAUACUUGCGCCACAGGACGUUGUCAUGUUUGGAGCCUUGUUAUACUCUUUAGGAUGCUUGUGUGCCACAUUACUCUUCUUCCUGUCGACACUUCGACUGGAACACCUUGCCCUGAUCUACUUCGGGGGACUCUCCAGCUCUUUUUUAUACACUGGAGGGAUAGGUUUAAAGUACGUGGCCCUGGGUGACGUGGUCAUCCUCAUCACUUUCGGCCCGCUGGCCGUCAUGUUUGCACACGCCGUGCAAGUGGGCUACCUGUCAGUCCUGCCCCUAGUCUACGCCGUUCCGCUGGCCCUCAACACUGAGGCCAUCCUCCACAGUAACAACACCCGAGACAUGGACUCUGACAAGCAGGCGGGUAUCGUCACGUUGGCCAUCCUCAUCGGGCCCACGCUCUCCUAUAUACUCUUCAACGUGCUGCUCUUCGUCCCCUAUGUGCUCUUCUGCAUCCUGGCCACACGCUACACAAUCAGCAUGGCGUUGCCCCUGCUCUCGCUGCCCAUGGCCUUCCCCCUGGAAAAGCAGUUCCGCAGCCGGUGCUACACCAAAAUCCCCCAGAGGACAGCCAAGCUCAACCUACUCAUGGGACUCUUCUACGUCUUUGGCAUCAUUCUGGCACCUCAGGGCAGCCUACCAUUACUGUGAUUAACAUCUCAAACACUUUUUUUGUUGGUUUAUUUUUUUAAAUACAGAUUACGUACACUUCAAAGGCUUUAAUUUAUUAUGUAAUUUAUGCCCUGUAGAAAUAGCUUUCGCUCUAGCUCUGUGACACUGAACACAGAUGUUUAUUCAGUAUUAAGGUCAACGCCUAUUUCCCAUAUUUCUUUCCAAAUAGUGUUUCAUUGCAUUGUAAUAAAAGUCUCUGAUGCUUUA